AUGGAAGCUGCAUUAGCCUUGUGGGUUGCCGACUGCUGGAAAAAAAACGUGAGUUUGGACACUAAUAUGAUCAUGACAAAAGCCAAAUCUCUCUAUGAUCAAACCUUGCCCGAUGACGACGACAAAGAUGCUGAAGAAGCCAUUGAAGAUUAUCCUGACGAACCUCAAGCCAGUACUAGCUCUGCCACUAGUGAUUCACCUCCUCGAAGACGAGGCUUUACAGCCAGCAAAGGCUGGUUUGAUAAAUUUCAAAAGAGAUACGGCCUCAAAAGCGUGCCUUUGUAUGGUGAGGCUGCCUCUGCCGAUGCCGAUGCUGCUCUUCGUUACGUGGAGGAUGAGUUUCCUAAGCUCAUCAGUGAUGGCGGCUACCUCCCUGAGCAAGUUUUUAACAUGGACAAGACAGGCCUCUUUUGGAAGAGGAUGCCUUCUCAUACAUUCCUCUUCAAGGAUGAAGUGAAGAGGCCAGGCUUCAAGACCCACAAGGACUGUGUCACUCUCAUCAUGUGUGGCUAUGGUGCAGGCUUUAUGCUGAAGCCAGGCCUUAUUUAUAAGGCCAAAAAUCCACGGGCCUUAAAAAACAAAAAUAAGGCUCUGCUCCCCAUGUAUUGGAUGCAUAACUCUAGGGCCUGGAUAAAGAAAGCCCUGAUCCUCGAAUGGUUCCUCCAUUGCUUCAUUCCCCACAUUCCCCAGGUGAAGCUAUAUCUGGGUCAGAAGGGCCUCCCUUUUAAGGUCCUUCUCUUGAUGAACUAUGCAGGACGCCAUGCAACAGACCUGCAAUAUGAUGGGGUUCAGAUCGAGUUUCUGCCCCCUAACACCACAUCUCUAAUUCAGCCGAUGGAUCAAGGUGUCAUUCGUGCCUUAUGGCACUCUACACUCGUUCCACGAUGGAGGGCCUCAUUGCGGCAGUUGACGACAACGACGAAGGCUUCACCUUGCAAAAGUACUGGUGUAACUACGACAUUGCAUCAAUAUCCAGCAAGCAUUGUAGGACAUGAAAACUGA